AUGAAUCAAGUAAAUGGUUUGCAUUUAAAAAAACUCAUGUUCCUUAAGGGUAAAAAUAUCCCAAAUUCAACUGUCGAUGGAGGGUUGCAGAGUAACGAAGAAAACGGGGUAACGAAAAACAGAAGUGAUUCAGAAAACACUCUCAGUUUAAUCGAAAUUGAAAAUACUGUCACUGUAAACGAAACUACGGGCACGCUUUUCGCCACUCCAAAACCAUUUCGCAAAAGAAGACUGCCAGUUGAAAAAGAUUCAACACGACAAGAAGCUGUAAAGAUUUUACAAAACAUGUACGAAACUAGAAAGAGCAGGGAUGAAAGUGACGCAUUUGUAGAGUAUGUCUCUAUGAAACUGAAACAAAUAAAAAACAGUUAUGCUAGGAAUAUUGCUCAACAUCACAUUAACAAUAUUUUGUACAAUGCAUCAAUAGGAACUACAUUCUACAAACCCAACUGCUAG